AUGGAGCAAAUGAUGGUUGUGGCAAAAGGACAAGAGCUCAAAUAUCAUGGCGGGACUAUACACUAUGUCAAGAGCAUUGAUCUUUCAGCAAAUAACCUAGUUGGUGGAAUUCCUGAAGAGAUAACAAGCCUUGUUGCCCUUGGUACCUUAAAUUUUUCAAUGAAUGAUUUGUCUGGAUGCAUCCCGGAUAAUAUUGGAAACCUGCGGUGGUUGGAAACCUUAGAUGUUUCAGACAACAAUCUAUCGGGACUGAUUCCUCAAAGUUUUUCUUCAUUAACAUCUUUGGCUCAUUUGAAUCUUUCUUACAACAACUUGGUAGGAAAAAUUCCCUCUGGAUAUCAGCUCCAAACACUCGAUGAUCCAUCCAUUUAUGAAGGUAACCCUUUGUUGUGCGGACUACCUCUUCCAACCAAGUGCCCUGGUGAUGAUACAUCUAAUGUGUCUCCUCCUAGUGGAGGAGGUCUGGAUGACGAUGACAAUGAAAAUGAUCUUGACAUGGCAUGGUUCUAUAUUAGCAUGGGACCCGGAUUUGUUGUUGGAUUUUGGGUUGUUUUUGGUACUUUAUUGAUAAAGAAGUCAUGGAGGCAUGUCUACUUUCAGUUCUUGGAGAACAUGAUUGAAAGCAUAGCUCUUAAGAUUGCAUUGGGAGUGGCUCGUUUGGGAAGAAGAAGGGCUUAG